AUGAAAGCAUCCACGCUGUUGGUGCUUUCCGCCAGCACACUCAGUAUAUGCCAAAGCCCUAGUAGCUGCAAAGGUGGUGGCAAGCGAAACGGCGCCGACUUUGUCCUUGUUGAUCAGGGCGUAAACGCGCAUCUUGGCCCGCUUUCCAAGAUGUUCGCCAAUGCCAACAAGCAGGUUAACGUUUCCAAAGUCUUCGACGAUGGAAACCACCAGAUGAGUGGCGCGACAACCCAGCUCAGCUGGGAGAAAACAAAAGACUUCAACGAUGUUGAUACGAAGAAGUGGUAUCCUCAAGGUAUUUCUUCAACCGCCGAUGCCGCCGAGGUUGGAACCUACGACGGCAAGGACGGCUGGCUGGUCAGCUGGUACAGCGACGAGAGUCACCAAGUGCGCAUCUCCUUUGUGAAUAAAGCCACCAAGAAAUAUCGCCAUGCAUUGCUGGUUAAUCCCUCGGCCGACGACGAUUUCCAAGGCGUGGGCAUUCACGCAGGCGGUAUUAUGUGGUAUGGCGAUACUCUCUGGGUAGUCGACACCUCCAAUGGCAUUCGUGUUUUCGACAUGGCCAACGUCUGGGAGGUUGGAUCUGGUGACAAAGUCGGCAAGAUCAGCGCUGGGAAGUACGCCGCAGCGGGAUAUAAAUAUGUCAUUCCUCAGAUCAGGUGGUAUAAAUGGACACCUUCUUUCCCAUUCCGAUUCUCUUAUAUUUCUCUGGACCGCACUGCCUCUCCCGAUCGUCUCAUGGUUGGGGAGUAUCAGCCCGACGAGAAGAACCCCAUCCGCAUGGUGCAGUUUGAGCUCGACUACACCACUCGUACCUUGCGGACUGGAGCGGACAAGAAGACGGCUAAGGGCGUCUGGGCAUCCUGCCAUGACAUCCUGCGGACUCAGGGUGCUGUGCAAGCCAAUGGCAGAAUCUACGUAUCUCGAAGCAAUGGCGCCAAUACGAAUGGCGACAUUUGGGGAUGGAUUCCAGGAAAGGGAGCCGCAAUCAAUAAAGGCAUGGUCCCUCCCGGACCUGAAGAUUUGAGUUACGACAAAAGGGGCAAAAAGAUUUACACUGUAACUGAGCAUCCGGGCAAGAGAUAUCUUGUUACUUUGGAUUCAACCAGGAUUAAAUUUCCAUAA